AUGGAAAAGGAGUAUCUAAGUUCUGACACAACAUGUCAAGCUGAUGAGAAUGAAGAUAUGCAACAAGAGUGGCUCGCACCAGAGUUCCUAAAUGACAUCAAAUAUUUGGAACUACCCAAUCACAAAUUGACUUUGAAGCCAGGAGUUGCUGUAAUGCUACUGCGAAACAUAGACCAGGCUUCAGGUUUAUGCAACGGGACAAGGUUAAUAGUUAAGGAACUUGGCAACAAUAAAAUUGGAGCGACAGUAGUGACCGAUAGAAAUAUUGGCGACAAAGUGGCUUUACUUGCCAAAUUAGUGUUCACCCAUGGACAACUUUACGUUGCUUUGUCAAGAGUUAAGAGUCGCAGUGGCCUCAAGGUUCUAAUUCUGGACGAGGACGGCAUUCCAAAGUCAUCAACAACAAAUGUCAUGUUUAAAGAAGUUUUUAAUAAUAUUUAG